AAGGCAGAGAAAAUUUCCAAUAUAGGCGAAAUGUAAAGAGCGGGAAGCUAAAGCCUAGAGAGAGAUUCUCACACUGCCAAAACAAAAUUUCCCUGUAGAGAGAGAGAGAAAGAGUGAGUGAUGGAGAAGAAUGCGAUGAAGUUACUCGAAGAGAUCAAAUCUUCUGAUCUUAUCGAGAAUCGGGCUCAAUUACUCACGCGGCUCAGUCAGUUAGAUGUUGAAGAGAAUUCUGAUUUGCCUUCUUUUGUGGAGAGCCUAACUACACUCUGGGAAGAUUUCACAUGUCUUGACGUUUCCCUGUGUUUGUUGAACAAGGCGAUUCUGCCUGUGGCUUCAAAAUACCUCGCUUUGGAUCGGCCUGAUUGCUCACACUACUUUCUUGCUUUUGCUAUUAAGGUAAGCCAAUGGUGUGCCAAACAUUUAAACAUGUCUGUUAUGUCCAUGGAGGAGUCUCAAGAGGAAGAGCAUUCCAACAUUUUCUUUCAGCUUCUUUUGGAUUAUCUUCGUUUUUCUGCCUCAAGCUUUACUGCUAUUGGAAAAACUUGUUUCAUGACUGAUGAUGCCUCAGCUGUUACAGUUCAUAAGUUUGUUUCAGAGCAGCUCAAUUUGACAAAGGAGUUGAUAAUGAAUUCCAAGAAAGUCGAAUCCUUUUCCUCGGAGAUUUUUAAGGCUGUGCAAGUGGUAAUUGAUUCUACUGUUCGUCUGUGCAAAGAAUACUCUCAAACAGUGAAUCGUGAGGUAAGUGAAAUGAAGACGAGUGGACAUGUAGGAAAGGCAAGGAUGGAGGAAGGCAACGCUGUGGGUAAUUUGGUGAGCAUGAUUACGCUGGGAGUUAAAUCUCUGAGUGAAUUGGGUAUGCUUGCUGCAAGAGAUGGUGGAAAUCUUGUGGCCAUUCUUAAUACAUCUUGGAAGGGUGUGAUUACAUUGCUUCAACUAGACAAGCAGACAUUGGUAUCUAAGGUAGAUGUAGGAGAAAUUAUCUUAAAGCUAAUAUCACUGAUCAAGGACUCCCUGAGAUUUGCUGCUGAGGCUUGGUCUUGCUCGGUGAAGGAAAACAUAUCUGCAACGGAAGCCAGAAGGGUCUUUCUUCCUGUGAAAUUUUAUCUUAUCAAUGCUGUUAAAGUUGUGGCGCUGUUUCCAAGCCAGGCGUCUAUGGUGUCCAAGGAUAUAGCACUAUGCAUCUUGAUGAUCUCUGCUUUCAAAGUUUCACUGAGCCAACAAACUCAUGGAAAAUCCGCAAGUGAAGUAAUGACUGAUCUUCUGGAGAAAACAACUGUAGAUCUUCUAGGUGCACUGUUAAAUGCAGCUGAACUAACACAGGAAUUCAGGCUCACACUUCUUGAUUCAUUGUUCGUUGAUGAAUUCUCAAACCAAAUCUGUAAGAAGCAGAGCCAUGAUUCUCACACAAAAACAUCAUUGGUGGAUAUCUUGUCUUUAUCUGUUGAAUCUGCGACAAGUGCUAGAGAUUUGCUCCUGGCCCGAGUUGUAUUGUUCCAGUCUGUCAUGAGGUAUUCUUUCGAGCUUGACAAAGAUGCAAAGCUUGCAAUCACCACAAAGCUGCAAUGGCUUCUCGACAUAUUAGCAGACAAAGAGGUUUACUCUUCAGUUCUUUCCUCUCAGCUACCAAUGGCAGAUGGUUCUGGGAAGAUAGUAAUCUGGGAAUCAAUGUAUUCAGCUCUGCUUCUGUCUCUCAAAACCCUUAUGAUCAUACUCUCUUCAACUCCUGCCUGGGAAGAGCUUGAAACAUUCCUACUUCAGAAUCUCUUGCAUCCUCACUUCUUGUGUUGGCAGAUAGUCAUGGAACUCUGGUGCUUCUGGGUUCGUCAUGCCACUGACGAUUUGGUGGUCGAUAUGAUUAAUCAACUUUGUACAUUCAUUAUGUCAAUGCCAUCAUCAGAAACACCUCUUUGUCCAGAUUCCGUUCUCAGAAGAACUACAAAGUCCAUCUGCUUUCUUCUUACCCAUAGCCCCAAAUCUUUAACAGUUCAAGUUUACAAACAUAUUUCUACUGAGAGCAGAUCUGACCAUGCACCUGAUGUAUAUCUAGCAUUGCUGUUAGACGGGUUUCCACUGAAUUUUCUUCCAGACAGAAUAAAAAACGACGCAAAGAGACAGAUAUUUGCAGAUUUCUUCAACUUCAUCGAGAAAUUCGAUGAGAAACCGUCAAAUUCCUCCAGAUACACUCUGCUUGGAGCUCCAGUUUUCACAGUAUCUGCUUGCCUUCGGAUACUAAAGAUGAGCAUAUCAGAGAUUGAUGCCAAAACUCUGAACUUUGUCGUCGCUCUCAUUCAAAAGUACAGAAACUCCAAAGAUGAAACGACGAAGGAACGUUACAGUGAGAUUCUCAGCGAAACAUUAUCUAUCAUCUCAAGAAGCGAACAGCUAUACACUUGCCAAGAGAUGGAUAAUGUCAUAACAGAGCUUCAAAAGCUAUUCAAUUCAGAAACUAAUCAUCAUCAUAAUCAUCUUCGUAAGUCCAAGCCAAACCUUGCUCUCUUCUUGUCAGGACUCAGCAAAUACGAGAUGUCUGAAACCAAAAAGUGUCCAAAGAGCAUUGCGGUUUGGGAACUCUACCAUAUGCUUCUCAGGAAACGCCACUGGGCUUUGGUACACCACGCGGUUACUGCGUUUGGAUACUUCUGUGCACGUACAAGCUGUAAUCAGCUAUGGAGAUUCGUACCUGAAGACGCGGCUCUAGCCUUCGAUAUAGCUUCUGGAAAAGAAGCGAAAACAGAGCGGUUCAUGUCGGAAUUAAAGAUGUUUUUGGAGAAAGAACAAGCGCUUCUUUCAAUCACACCUUCAGAAGAAGAACUGGAGUUACUUUCGAAAGAAGGCACCGAGGUUAAGGCAACAGUGCAGAAGCUUCUAGAAGGAAGAAGCCAGAGGUCAAUGGAAGUAGAGAAACGACCGAACAAGAAAAGGAAACUUCCAGAAGGAAUUUGCAGAGGAAUGGAGUUAUUGCAGAAUGGAGUGAAGAGGAUUAACGAGGGUUUAAACGAAUUGAGGUCAGAUGAAAAUGAGAGUGAAGAGUUUCAAAAGAGUUUAUCGAAUCAGUUUUCGUGUCUUGAAGAUUUGGUCUCUCAUUUGUUAAGCCUCACCGCAGCUUCGGACUAAAGUAUCUUCAGUGGCUAUCUAUCACACACUGUUAAAAGACUUUUAUGCUAACAGAUGUUUGGGAUUAAAGAUGUUCUUUAAGAAAGAACAAAGCGCUUCUCUCAAAUACACUUUCACAAGAGGAACUUGACAAACUUUCCUCUUAUAACAUGAUAAAAAGUUGAAAUAGUAGCGGAUUUACCUCUUACCACCGAAAUUUUUGAACAAACGAGGUUAAGUUGUCGACAACGGACUAUAAGAUUUUUGGGGCCAAAGGCUUAAUUAUU